AUGGGGAUCAGAGACUACUUUCGUGCAAAGCCGGCCAGCGGCAAGGCUCCCGCGGGAGAUCCAGCUGCGGCUUCCCAGGCUGAUCAUGCCGACGAACUCAGGCCGCCAUUGUUCCCAGCAUUGAGCUCCGGAACCAAUUCUGGCGAGGGAUCUUCCAGAUCUUCAGCUAUCAUGAUUGAUGACAUAAAACAUGAGGUUAUGGUUAACUAUUUGUACCAACAGCAGUCAAGCCAGCUUUGGGUCAACCCUAACCCACCAUCUGGCCAAUCCCACGGGAAUGAGGGCGUUUUGCUGAGGAAGAGUAAAGGGCAAUAUAUGGCUUGCCCAGCCUCAUUAUCGGGCAGCCUUCUUGCCGAGGCCUGUUCGGCUUUGAAUGUCCAUGUAUGCUUUUGGAGACCCCCGGGAAUUCCCGCAAGUUAAUGCGCCAUUGCUAACGUUUCGGUAACUUGGAAAUUUGAUAGGUUGCCAUGACUGUUAGUUCCAGAGUCAUCAAAACGUUUCUCCAAUGGUCUCCUGAUGCGGUAGAUGUCCCCCUUAUGAACGGCCUGCGCAUUCAGAUCGUCCCGACAAUUGCGGAUCUUCCGAGGGCGAGGAAGCUCCAGUUCGCCGCAUUCGUAGCAAGGGAGGCCAUGCUUGUUGUCUGGGAUGACGAUCCUCUCAACAUUGUUGUUCGUGCAAAGUUCAUUGAAAAUGAGCUAAUGGCACUGGUGUGGAAGACACCAGAGGUCGAGGAGGAGGAAUUGGCGAAGGCAGAGUUGGGCGCUAAUGUGGUGGAGGUUAUUGAUGAGGAAUCUGGGGAAGUCGCCGGGUAUCGGGAGAUGCGCCCGACAAAUCUGCUGAAUACCAUCUUGGUCGCCUUCACACUGGCGCUCAUCAUAACUACACUGGGAGCCGGGUAUAGGCAGAUUGGAAUUGAGGUCGCGGUAGAUGGGAAUAUGUUGAGACUUGCAUUCGUCGCCCUAACACCCAUUCAGAUAUUCUUUACAUUGGUGGGUCUGGCCCUCCUGGGGAAAUAGCUUGCCCUCUAACCUGUUCUGUCGUGCAUAGUUCUUCGGCCAGGUCAUCAUUGGCUGUACCGCUCAGUGUAUCGGGCCGGUAUCUCAGUUGACCUAUAACUCCAAGUACUAUUCGGCGAAGGCUCCUCCGCGUAUCCGCUCUGGGACACUCCCCCACAUCACCAUCCAGUGCCCUGUGUAUAAGGAGGGCCUUUCCACGGUUAUUGCCCCAACAAUAAAAUCAAUCAAACAGGCCAUCAGCACGUACGAGCUCCAGGGCGGCACGGCGAAUAUCUUGAUCAACGACGACGGACUGCAACUUUUCAAAGACGAACAUGAACACCAUCGGAAAGAAAGAAUCGACUUCUACGCGGAUCAUAACAUUGGAUGGGUUGCUAGGCCCCCGCACGGGCAGGAAGGUUUCCAGAGAAAGGGCAGAUUUAAGAAGGUGAGCGAAACCAAGUUCCCUCCAUUAGUUCAAACCCACUCUGCCUUUGCCUGGAUGGGGAAGAACGAGGAGGCUGGGGAGGCAUGAGGUUGAUUUUACCCUCAACCUAUCUUGUUGGAUUGCUUUGCUUGAUUGUCUCACUAGCCACGUGGGAAUAUAUUCCUGGCCCUCGAACAAGCUCACUCGCUUUUGCUUCUUGGCAAUUGUCGAUCUUCUAAUGAACUAUGACUAAUCAUUGCAUAGGCAUCCAACAUGAACUUUGCCCUAAUGAUUUCUUGUAAAGUUGAGGAUAAACUCGCAUUAAUCGAAAGGGAUGAAAGUUGGACCCAGGCCAAAGAAGCUCGGGCUUAUGAGGAUUGCUUAAAGGAGGUAUUGGAGGAAGAUGGACGAGCUUGGGCGGAUGGUAACAUCCGCAUCGGAGACUACAUAUUGCUUGGUACGUAAUUAAAAGUAAUUGCUGAUGAGGUUUUGGGGUGCUAUAAGAGCUAACUUAUUGCUAUAGUUGAUUCUGAUACCCGUGUUCCGGCUGAUUGCCUACUUGACGCUGCUUCUGAGAUGGAACAAUCUCCCGAGGUUGGAAUUAUGCAGUACUCCUCUGGCGUCAUGCAAGUUGCGAACCACUACUUCGAAAAUGGCAUCACUUUCUUCACCAAUCUGAUUUACACGGCUAUUCGUUAUACUGUUGCCAACGGCGAUGUGGCGCCUUUUGUCGGGCAUAAUGCUAUUCUUCGAUGGUCCGCUAUUCAACAGGUUUCCUACCGAGACGAGGAUGAGUAUGAGAAGUUUUGGUCCGAAUCGCACGUGUCUGAGGACUUCGAUAUGUCUCUGCGGUUACAGGUCAACGGAUACACUAUCCGGCUUGCCGCUUACACCGGUGAAGGAUUUAAAGAGGGGGUCUCUCUUACCGUGUAUGAUGAAUUGGCGCGUUGGGAAAAGUAUGCCUAUGGCUGUAACGAGCUUUUGUUUCAUCCGUUGCGAUUCUGGCCCAUCCGUGGGCCCUUCACUCCGUUGUUCCGCAAAUUCCUGUUCUCGAACAUUCGCAUGACGUCUAAAAUUACCAUCAUAUCUUACAUUGGAACUUAUUACGCCAUUGGCGCCGCAUGGAUCAUGACGACGGCUAAUUACUUUGCCAUUGGUUGGUAUAAUGGCUAUCUCGACAAGUAUUACAUCGACUCCUGGAAGGUGUGGUUUUCGAUUGUCGUUGUGUUUAAUCUUUUUGGAAACGUGGCAUUGGCAGUUAUGAGGUAUCGUAUUAGGGAGAAAGCCUUCCUGCCUGCUUGUGAGUAUCCCUCUGUUGCCGACGAACAAGAAUAAUGUCUAACGUAUUUUGGCAAUUAGUACUUGAAAACUUUAAGUGGGUUUUUCUCCUUGGCAUAUUCCUUGGAGGUCUUUCGCUACACGUCUCCCAGGCACUCCUUUCCCACAUGUUUGAAAUAAACAUGAACUGGGGGGCGACCUCCAAGGAAGUCGAGGUAUCAAACUUCUUUCUCGAAGUUCCCAAGGUUAUGAAGCGUUUCAAGUUCUCGUUCGCCUUCUCAAUUUUAGCCAUUGUGGCCAUGAUCGUGUUUGCCACUGCAUCCUUCGUUCCCCAUAGUUGGGUCAUCAAGGAUUUUGUCGCCAUUUUGCCUAUGGCCACCGUGGCGGGUAGCCAUCUACUGCUGCCCAUCGCGCUAAACCCUGCAUUGAUGACAUUCCAGUGGUAGUUGAUACUUCCAUCAAUUCCUUGGAACUUUUCGGGACCUUUUUUAUUUUUUUCACCUUUUUCAAUUUUUCCAUUUUUACGAACGAUCAUUGAUGCACAAUGCAAUUGGGGGGGUGUCUAAUGUACGGCAGUAAUGUUUUCCUUUCUAGUCCCUUGCUAAAUACCAAAGUGAAAUUGCUAGAAGGCCGAAGGCCAUCUUUCCGUCAAUAUUAAUUCCUCCUCCUCCCCCGCUAUCCUACUGUCCGCAGCAAUUACAGGGUACAUUUUUUCUACUUUUACUUUUUGCUCUCUUCAUUCUACCAGCAUUUUCUCUUAGCACAUCUCUCUAUAUCAUGCUAUUGGGGUCCUUUAAGUUUCUUCCUCUUUCAUCGAUUUACUUCUAGGGGGCUUGUCUUUUUUUUUCGUUCAGGUGUGCAGUUACCGAGCAGGCGCAAAAAUCCUCGUUUUCUUGUCUUUCAUCCCAUCUCUUUUUAUUUUGAACCGUCGUAGAUGAUGUUUUUCUUUUUUUCUCACCUUCUCAUUAUCUCUUCAGGAUACUCUCACGCACGCAAUGGAAUGAAUGGAAUGGAUAUGGAUGGCCGGAUGCAUUUUUUAAAGGGAAAACUCGCAAGAAAUCAUUGAAACAAAACCACGCAUAUAAACUAGUACUCAAUAAUAGAAUACACUCUAUAGUAGCUGCUAACUUUUCUUCCUCACUCCCCGGGCACCUAAUCGAGGGGUAGCUGGGGGCGGAUAAGCUGUCGGGGCUUGCGUUAGUUUCUACCUAAGUCAACUCUCCAUCUAUAUACCGUGUCUCGCUGCAGGCACAUCACUAUACAUUUUAACACCUCUCAGAAUAAGUACACAAUAGCAAACUCGAUAUUACCCAU